UCGGUGCCACCCAGUUUCUCUUAGGCAGGCCAGAAGCCUCACGAUCUACCUCUGUGUGUGUUUCUGCAGAUGGCCAACAUUGUGACGUCCUUCUGCUGUGUGGUGCUUGCAGCCGUGGUGGUGGUUUAUGCCCAAAGGCGCAGCCAGCAAGGUGCCAGGAUUCAGUAUGAAAGAAUAGGAAGUGAUGUCACUAUGCAGUGCGGUUCGCUGGACAACGACGCCUCUGUAACAUGGAAGGUGAACGGUACCGACGUGAAGGCCCGUAGGCGGGAAGAAGGGCCGCGGCUCAUCCUGAUGGAAGUAAACAUGAGUAGCAACGGCCUCUACAGCUGCUUCCAGAACCCCGACGGCCAGCGCCGCGACCAGAUCAAUCUCCGCGUUGGACUUCCUCCGAAGGAACCGCAGGUGGCGUGUCGAUCAAACACCUAUCCCAAAGGCUUCUACUGCAGUUGGCACCUUCAGCAUCCCACCUACAUCCCUACGGACUUCGAAGUCGAUGUCCAACACAACCAAAGGCCCCUGGAGGUGACGAGGGAUGAAGUUCAUAAAAACAGAUGCCAUGUGAAGUUUCCGGAGCUUUUCUCCAGCUUUCCUUACCGGGUCAACGUCACGGCGGUGAACUCGCUGGGUCGAGCGUCCAACGCCAUCAGCUUCGAGGAGUCUUCGAUAGUGAAACCCGACCCCCCUGAGAAGGUGGUGGCCAAACCCGUAGCCAACAAUGCACGAAGACUAGAGGUGACCUGGAACAGUCCCAGCACGUGGCCCGAUGUGGAGACCUUCCCGCUGAAGUACUUCCUGCGCUACCGGCCGCUCAUCCGAGACCAGUGGCAGCACGUGGAGCUCUCUGACAGCACCUCCCAUAUCAUCACCGAUGCCUACGCGGGGAAGGAGUACAUCAUCCAACUGGCGGCCAAGGACAUGGAGAUCGGCACUUGGAGCGACUGGAGCGUGGCGGUCCACGCCACCCCCUGGAUGGAGGAACCCAAGCCCAUCACCUCCACCACUGAGAGCGACAUUAUCCCAGAAACCACCCCUGGACCGCCUUCGGCCGCACCACGAGUGGGUGAACCCACAGCAGCCUGCUCCACCCUUCUCUGGUCUACCCACCUGCUCCUGGCCUGCGUCCUGCUGUCCAUCAUGUGGUGCGUGACCUCACUACAAUGCUAUUUCCAUGCAUCUCAAUCACUGUCCUUAUAUAUCAUGAGCUUUCAAUGCCACAAUUCGAACAAUGCAUCAGGUAUGACCAAUGAGCAAUGUAAGAGCAUCAUUUAUAAAUCAUAAUAAGCAUACAACAUU